UGGGCUUCAUGAAUUCGGUGACCUUGAGUCUGAGCUCUUUAGUACCCGUUACCCCUAGCCAGUGAUGCUGCCCGAAUUAACACGCUGCAAAAUGUAACAAACGCACAAUGGGUUCUCACUGUAGCGUCUCAUUUUGUUUUACAAUGAUUCGAGCGUGCAAUGGUAACAUUUUGAAUGUAUCGGGUUAAAUGUUUUCCAGCGUGCUUAGUUUUGAAGUUGUGGCCCGCAGAAAGUUUAAAACCCCAUUUGGCUCACAGUAGACUGAAAACAGAAAGCAUGGAGAGAGAGAUCACAGAUCUUCGAAGCAAACUCAAAGAGUGUGAAAAGGAGCGACUGAAAGCUGCACAGUAUGGCUUACAGCUCUUGGAGAGGCAAACUGAACUGCAGAAUCAAUUGGAUAAAUGUCAUGAAGAAAUGAUGACCGUUACUGAGGGUUACAACCAGGAGAAGUACGCCCUUCAAAGAGAAGUUGAGCUCAAGAAUCGGAUGUUAGAAAGUUUGAGCUGUGAAUGUGAAGCUUUGAAACAACAACAGAAGACGCAGCUAGAGCAGCUAGAAAUGCAGCUGAACAGAAGCCACAGGCAGGAAGUGAAUGACCUGAAAAAUAAGUUAGAGAAACUGAAAGUGGAAUUAGAUGAAGCCAGGUUAAGUGAGAAGCAGCUGAAGCAGAAGCUGGACCACCAGGAGGAAGUUCUCGCCCACAAAUCGGAAGAGCUUCGGCUAAUGUCUGAGCAGCGCAUGAUCAAUAGCAUGUCUUCGGAGGUGCUGGCUCUUCAGAUUGAGCUAACUGAGAUGGAAGGUGUGAAGACUGCUCUCCAAGAAGAGGUGAACGAGCUGCAGUACAAACAAGAACAACUAGAAUGUGCCAACGCUUCCUUAAUGCACCGGGUAGACCGGCUUCAAGAAGAAAAGGAGGAGCGAGAGAAGGAAGUGGUGUCGUAUUAUAAUGCCUUAGAGAAAGCUCGCGUAGAAAAUCAAGAUCUUCAGGUGCAGUUGAGUCACGCACUUCAGCAAGCCUUGGAUCCAAAUAGUAAAGGCAACUCCCUGUUUGCAGAGGUGGAUGAUCGAAGGGUGGCUAUGGAGCGCCAGCUCAACUCGAUGAAAGUCAAAUACCAGUCACUGAAGAAGCACAAUGUAUUCACCAGAGAGCAGAUGAACAAAAUGAAGUUACAAAUCUCCACAUUGCUGAGGAUGCGGGGGUCUCAAACUGAGUUGGAGCAGCAGGAACGGUUGUUUGCCAUGUUGGAACAGAAGAAUGGUGAAAUAAAACACCUUUUAGGUGAAAUUAAAAAUCUGGAGAAAUUUAAGACCUUAUAUGAAAGUAUGGAAUCUAAGCCUUCCACAUCAGCCAGCUCUUGUUCUCUAGAAGACAGCACCUACUAUGCAGAUUUACUUCAACUAAAGCUUGAUAAGUUAAACAAAGAAAACGAAAGCACAAAAGGCGAGCUAUCCAUACAGAGAAUGAAGGCGCUGUUUGAGAGCCAGCGGGCCCUGGAUAUUGAGCGGAAACUGUUUGCGAAUGAAAGACACCUGCAGCUUUCAGAAAGUGAAAACAUAAAACUGAGAGCCAAGUUAGAUGAAUUAAAGCUGAAGUACGAACCUGAAGAGAAAAUUGAAGUACCUGUGCUCAAAAAGAGGCGUGAGGUGCUGCCAUUGGAUGUAACCGCCCCAGAAGAGACACCUGCUGCCAGUGCCAUCGGGGAAGUUUCUAGACUGCCGCUUCAGAGAGAGGAGCAAGAGUCCUGCCUCAGUAGCUUAAGUGGUAGCUCCGUGCAGAUGGGACCGCCGGCCUCUUCGGCCAUUCAGCCAGCUAGCCUCUCUCCUCACAAGAGUCCGCCUCUGGAGACGCAGCCGAAGACGGAGAAGAAAUGUGUAAAGCUCAUGGCCGGUCCAGGCAGUGCUGAGGCCUUACGUGAACAGAGUGGGAACACCCCCAGCUCCCCCAGGUUAUCUGCAGAAUCAAAGCUUUCAACAGAGGUGAAAGAAACUACAAGCAAAUUGGAAAAAGGAGCUUGUAAGAAAUCACACACCAUCAUGUAUGUGUCCUCAAAGUCAACCCCGGAGAUGCAGUGCCCACAGCAGUAGGAGGUUGUUUCUCUGCGAUGCUUGCUGAAGAUCGCGCCUGUGUGCAGGAUACCCUUGUGGGACAUUUGCAUACACCAGUGCUAAGACCUCUGUGACCAGAAAUUCAGCUAUCCUGUGAUUCUAACCCUUCACAGACCUGUGAGUCACAGAGAAGAAACCAUUACCAGAGGAAAUGCUUUUAUUUAAACCUGUUUGCUGCACUGGACCAGAUUUUGAAAGUUAUGUGAUAAAUAAUGUUCCUUAAGAACUGAAAAUUGGACAGUAAAACAUUGAAGGUAUUAAUUAUGUUUUCCUAUGUACAGUUUCAUGAAUAAAUAAAAUUGUAUUUUCCUUGUCUUGUAAAAAUAGUGAAUAUUGCUUGAAAAUGCAUAUUAUUGCAAAAUAUUUUAAAGGGUUAAAGCACCUGUAUUCAUAUAUAUAAUUUAAAUUUUCAUGACUCUAACUAAAUAAUAAUUUUGAAACUUAAAAUUGCAGUAAUUUCUCCCAUUUGUAUUUUCUUAAUUCUAUAUAAACAAGAAUGUUAAUGAAAGAGAAUGAGAAGAAAAAUGAGCGUCAAGGAUUCUUAUUUACUGGUAACAUAAUUGUACAUAUAUUUUUGCUUAUCUGUUAUCUAACAUGUAUAACUACAUGUACAUACACAUAUAGAAAAAUAUACUGGAUACUCGUAUUA